UUCGUUGAGGGUAAGUGUUAUUUGUCUUAUACUCUGCAUGAUGACUGCAUGAAUGUGCAUGCCACCGUUUGCAUUGUUUGCUUAACAGGUUUUUGAACAAAAUUAUUUAUUUAGGAUCAAAGCUGUUUGAUAGUUGCUGACAGAUCCAAUUGAGAGAAGUUCUUACAUGCAAACAAAGCACACAUGCAAUUUGCCUCUGUCAGUCUGAAAUAUAACUUUUACACGGUGACUAACUUUGUCUUAUUUUUCAGGAUAUAAGAAUCCAUCCGCUGCUCAGUCUAAACUGCCUGGUAACAGACUGGACCCCAGCACUGCUCAAGAAAAGAGUAAACCAGCAGCCACACUCUCCAGACCAGACCAGGGUGAUGGACUCACCUCUUUGUUGCCAGAUCCCCCAGUUCCAGUGAAGGCUCCGGUGCCAGUUCCGCCCGAGUUGCUUGCCCUGGGCCUGUGUACAGAGUCAGCAAACACUGCUAUCUCAAAAGCCUCUCCCCGACUGGCUCCUGUGCUGUCUGCAGCCACCAUGCCACCGCACUCUGCUCCAUCUCCUGCCACGUCUGCUGCUGUCGCUCUACCCUGUCCUGUUCCAGCCGCAGCUGGUGCUCUACCUACCCCAGCUCCGUCUACCAUCCCACCACCACUCCAUAGGAAGGACCAAGACGUCAGCCAGUGGAACUGCUCCCAAAACCAGAAGAUGUGGAUGAAAACGGAGAUGGAAUCUUUGGGACUUUGGCCAGGAUCUCGACCUGUACGACAUCUGAUGGGUAUGAUCUCCUUGUGGCGUCAUCCACCCCAACCAGAACUCAUAGAUCCAGUCUAUGAUAUGCCAUCUCCCAAGUACUUCCAGCUACAUCCAUUUUUCAUUUGGAAACCGGAGCAUGCAAUUAUGGAGAGAGUGAGGAACAAUUACAUUUUACCCUGCCUCUACGGCUGCUCCACUCCCCAUGUGGUUUCGGCAGGAGUUGGGCGACCCCGGGUCAUCAUUGGGACCAGCGGCCAGUACUACAUCUUGGCCUCUCGGCUGAACUGCAAAACAUGCAAGAGGUACUGGUUCGCUGACAAACCCCAGUGGAUGGAAAUGCUGCCACAACUCUUCUGCAACAUCCUGCCAGCAUUUCUCACCCACAAAAAAGCCAUCUGCAAAACGGUAAUGGAUGAGCUAUGUCGCACAGGGAGGUCGGCCACAGACAUGGCAAAUCAGCUAAAUGAGGCUCUGCACCUACGGUACGAGAGGGCACACCUUGCCUAUCUGUUGACUGUACAGAAUGUGCAGGAUGGUGACUCCGGCCUGUAUGGGCAGAAGACCAUCACAGGCACCAUGCGGAAGGACAACACCCCUGAUCCCUUUGGUACCUACGACUCGACCAAUGGCUGGUGUGGGGUAGCCAUCAGUCCCCGCUACCUAGUAGACUGCCUCGUACAUGAGUACCACCGUAAGGAGAAGACCCUCACUCUUGUCCUGCAAGGCACUUUUGGGCAGGUCAUUCGAGCUGACCACACUCGGAAGGUGGCCCGGAAGGUGGUGCUCUCAUCCGGAACCAUGUCCUCGUACUCCGUGAUGAAUGAGAACUGGAUGAUCCUGUCCUGGGUGAUGCUUCAGUCAGAGAGUGACCGGUCGCUGGAACCCAUGUACGAGGGGCUGUCUCAUCGCUACGACUCAGCUGGACUGCCGAAGGCAAAGUACCAGUGGGUGGACAGAGACUGCUGUGCUGAUUUCCGGAUCCCAAACCUUGACCCCCAGGAGCACCUCCACUGGGAUUCAUGGAAAACCACGGAAGCUGUGGUGACGGGGGCAACAUCUGGGAACCUGACCAACUCAUGUGCCUCCCGGGGAAAGUACAGCAGCGACAUCACUGUCAAACUGGACCUUUUCCAUUGCAUGCGGCGGUUCUCAAGGGAGUGCGUGUCAGAGCACCAUACACUCCACAGCACUUUCUGCCGGUUCCUCAGUGCCGCAUUCUGUGUGGUGGACCAGACCGACCUGCAGAGGCUGACGGAGGCAUACGCCUUCUGUGGGAUCAGGCCUGCCAAUCCCACAAAGCAGCAUAUCCGGGAACACUGCCGGACCAAGGUACCACAACCUACAGAGCUGCUGGAGAGAGUGGAGAGCGUCCUCAAACAGUUCUUCCUAGAGACAGAUCCCAAUGGUGUCUACCUCUUCAAGCCGUCCAUGCUGAAGCUGUGGAGACUCCAGAGGGUGCACAUCCUGAGAGGCUGCCUGAGUGAUCCAGAGGAGGAGGACGGGAUCCUUUACAGACACGGAGGAACAGUGCAGCUCAACCACGUCAAGGGUGAAGGAGCAGCUGUCCCAGUGUGGAUCCCUGUGAGAGGAACCUCCCAACAGGAGGGUUUCCAUGCGCAUCAGGCACGGUGGAUCACAGGCAACUGUGUUUCCUCCGAGCUCUUCCAGGCUCAAGGCAUGAUGGGCAUGGCACGGUGGAACUUUCAGAGAUUGGUGGAUCUGAAGUUACCGGACGUGAAGCUACCUGCAGUCUUUGACCCAGUGCUCAUCAUGCAGCUGAACGUGGCAUCGGAGAGGGUGACCGGCCAUGCCAAAUACCCUACACUGCAGUUGAGCCACAGAGACACAGGGGAGAGAUUUGGCCUGCAGUAUGUGGAGCCAGGCUGUCGCCCUGUGCCUCUGGACUGGUUCAAGAACAGGUCCCAGGGGGCUGAUGAAGAGGGAGCUGAGGAAGAGGAGGCUGACCGGGUGGUCGCCUACCAGCCCUUCAUCACGCCAGAAGACAAUGAUGACAUCUUUGGUGAGGCUUCUGGAGUCUUGCCCCAGACCACAGUCCAGCCAGUCCAAUCAACCUCCACUCAAGGUCUGCCAACGACACCUGCACUGCCCAUCACAGCAAACCCGCGUGCUGCUCGCACAAUGUCCAUCAAGGCAGGCGGGCUUCUGUACGUCUUGGACCAUUCCCGGUGGACAGAGGCCAUGAAGGAGGUCAUCGACGGCCUCAUAGGAAUCCACCAAGGGUCGAAGGAUUUCCUGCAGAGGGUGGACAGUGACUACGCUGGCUUGGUGCAGGCUGCUUCCCGUGAUCCCAAUAGCCUGUUGCAUCCAACAACAAAGCAACACAUUUCACAGUAUGUGAAGCAUUGGGCAAAGCGGACCAACGCCAGCACGUCCCUGAACACCAGCCCAGAGAAACUCCUGGAGACGCAGCAGCUGUGGCAGCACCUGACGGCAGAGAGUGAGACCAAGAGCGUGCCGGUGGUGACCAUACCACCCGCUGCGGUCCAUCCACCUGGGAGAGAUCCCCAGGAGGCCCCUCUGACCAAGGCUGCUAUCGAGGACAUGGUGCGGGACAUAGUCCAGAAGCAGACGGCACUGCAACAACAACAGCAGCAGCAGCUGGGCAAAAAGAAGACGAGGAACUGUCUUGCCUGUGGCCAGCCGAAGUCGCGAUACCAGGGAGACGGUUCCUCCAUCCACCUCUUCUACCAGUCUGGGGAGGUCAAGUACUUUUACUGCUCACAAAGAGUCCACAAGCUCUAUGCAGCAGAAGGCCUGAAUGACCCCAGAAUGCCGUUUGAGGACUUUGCGGACACCCCUUUCUUUGGGAAAGAGCUUGAGGCAGCCAAGCUCAGGUCAGCAGAGGCACGGAGGAUGGCUGAUCUGCGGGGGAAACGGAGAGCGGCAGAACAGCAGCCCAGCAGUCGGCUCUGCAAGUUCUGCCGCAAGCCCAUCAAGCAGGGGCCAGAAAGCCCCCAUGUGUACCAUUCGUUCCGGGGUGUGGCGGGCAGGUACAUUUACUGUCCUACCAGGGUGCUGUCCCUGUACAAGGCAGAUGGAAUGAAUGCUGAAAUGACCUGGGGGGAGUUUCAACAAUCAGCCUUCUACAAGGCAGAGAAGAAGAGGUGGGCUGAGGAGAAGGGGAAGUAGGCAAACUGUAUAUAAAAAUUAUUGUAAAUAGUUCAAAUAAAUAAUAUGACUGUUUUGCACUUAAUGUAGUUUUUUUGUACAAGCCUUGAUCACA